AUGGCUAGUCCACGUACUCGAUCGGUUUUAAAAGAUCUUAAACUAAGAGAUGACAACAACGUUUGCUUUGAAUGUGGAGCAUUGAAUCCUCAAUGGGUUUCUGUCUCCUACGGUAUUUUUAUUUGUUUGGAAUGUUCCGGUAAGCACCGUGGUCUUGGUGUUCAUCUAUCAUUUGUCCGCUCGAUCACUAUGGACAAAUGGAAAGAUCUCGAACUCGAAAAAAUGAAAGUUGGAGGUAACCGUCGAGCCAAGGAAUUUCUGGCUAGUCAACCAGAUUAUAAUGCAAGUACAAUGAGUUUGCAGCAACGAUACAACUCUCGUGCUGCUGCUCUUUACCGAGACAAGAUAUCGACUCAAGCUCAAGGUAAAACAUGGUCAGAAAACAGUUCACCGGCUCAAAACCACAGUUCUCCUUAUGUGUCAUCUUCAUCAUCGAGUUUUAGCGAAAAACAAUCGAAACCACCUCCACCAGUCGAACGAGCACAGUAUCGAGCAUCAGAACAGCGUAGUGAAGAUUAUGGUGGCUAUCAAAACAGUGGCUCGGGUGAACAACAGUAUGCAUCCGGUCUUGGCAGCGGGAAUCCGAAAUAUUGGGGCUUUGGUAAUACAAAUUAUGACGCUUCAAGCGAACGUCAAUCAUCGAAUCCAGAUCUAUUGACAUCAUCGAUAUCGAAUAUGAGUCUAAAUGCUGCAAAAUGGGCAGGAGUAGCAAAAGAUUCAGUUUUUAAAAUUUCCAAAACCGCAGCUGACAAAGCAAGCGAACUAACAUCAAAAGUAACUGAACAAGCCAAAGAUGGCUCACUAUUGACAAAUGUUCAAACUGGAGUUACUAGUAUCGCAUCAUCCAUGGGUAAAAUCGGUAACAAAACAUGGUCCGAUAUGCAAUCAUUAUGGUCAGGAAACUAUCAUUCAGCUGAUCGGGAAGACGAGCGUCUUCGUAAUACUCAUGGUUAUUCCGAUACAAACGAUUGGUCUUCUUCAACAUAUCAACAACAAUCUAGUUCAUCAUCAACGAACCGUGAUUCUGGUUAUCAGAAUACGUUCAAUAGUUUACCAGUCGCUCAUCAUAAUCAACAAUCGAGAUCCAAUGAUGAUGUUUCCAAACGAGAACGUGACCUUAGCUUCGAAUCAUGGUUAAAUGACGAGCCUGCUCCUAAACCUUCGUCUUCGACAACUCGAUCCUCAUCGUCGAAAAAGACUAGUAGUGCGAAUUCAUCUGCUUCAUCGAAAACGAAAUCAGAAUCGAAAGCUAAGCCAACGCCAGCACCGGCACCGGCUCCAGCACCUGCAGCGAAUCUAAUUAAUUUCGAUGAGGAAAAGUGGGCCGAUGACGAUGACGCUGGAUGGGAAUCGAUCGAUACCAAAUAA